AUGGCCUAUUAUUACAGUUCUCCACCACCACCGUCACCAUCUCCUCCUCCUCCUCCUCUUCCAUGCAACCAUGUCACGGCACCACCUCCACCAAAACACCACCACCACCAUCACCACAUGCCAUCGCCACCACAUCAUCAUCAUGGCCACCAUAAGACUCCACCCGCACCCCCGCCCCCGCCCCCGCCCCCGCCACCACCUUAUCAAGUUUCUCCACCAACCCCGACAACCCUCCCAGUAUCACCUCCAAAAGCAGCUCCAAAUGCACCGCCACCAUCACAUUACCGUGCACCGCCAAAACCAACUCCAAGUACCCCUUCUAGUCCAGCUCCAGUGCCCUUGCCGCAUCCUGCAACCCCAGGUACUCCUCCAAGUAAGGGAUCACCUCCUAAACCCUCACAUCCACCAAGCCCUGGUAAAGGUCCAACCCCACCACCAAAAUUGCCACCAUGUAAAGUGCCACCGCCAGCAGCUGCACCAGGCCCAUACAUUGGUAAAACACCUCCUACUCCCCACAAGGUAACACCACCGCACUCUGCACCGCCAGCUAAACCACCAAAAUCUUCAUCACCUCCAUACUCGCCACCAACUCUUUACGUGCCACCACCAAAACCAACACCGGGAGGCUUAUCUCCCGCACCAUCACCAGCUCUUUAUGAGACAACCCCACCUUUCAGUUCUUUGCCACCAUCAUCAAACGCAGCAGCACCACCAACACCAGGAGGCAACCACACAACUAUUAUCGUCGUGUGCGCUUCUCUCGGUGGUGCCUUUUUCCUCGCAUUCCUUUUGGUUGGUCUCAUUUGUCUAGCGAAAAAGAAAAAGAAGCCGGUGAUGGUUCCUGCAGCAGCACCUUGCUCUGACGAAGAACAUGAACAAGCCUGCGAGACAACCCCAACAAACCCAUAUGCAGAACAAUCUGUGGCAGUACCAAUUGGGGACGACGCUCAUAUUCACCAAGCUAUAGGCACCGCCGCUGUUGGUUCACAUGUUGGGGCCUCGGGUAGCCCUCAUUGUGAACCAGGGCUCGAUGGCUGUUCUUCUCAUCACCGAGCUAACUAUUAA